GACAGAUGCUCCUGGUAGGCGCUCAUGUCUCUGUCGCGCCCCGCGUGGCCUGCAGGGCCUGCCUGGCCUGUCUCCUCAGAACCGCCUCCUGAGGACCCCGCUGCGGCGUCCCCCAGCAGCAAGCGGCGGCGUCUGAAGGAGCCUGACGGCGGAGUCUCUGAGGCGGGAUGGCCGCUGCUUGUGGUGCCUCGCUUGUCUGAGGUAGAAAAAGUCUGGGAGUGGUCGCUCAGACCCUUCACAGCGUUCCUCAUUCCAAAGAGCCCGGGGAGCUCAGCCGGUGGGAAGCAGUCGUGUGACCUGGGAUGUCGGGACAGAACAUUCCAGGCGCACAGCUGUUGGCAGUCUGGAAUCUUAGGUUGUUCUAGGGCUCCAAGAAGGUCUUGUGAAGCAGGACUGCAGGACAGGGAGGUUCAGGGGGUGCGCCUUGGUGACCAAGCAGAAGUGAGUCAUGCUCCACCCAAUAGCCCCAUGCCCUAUGUCCAAGGAGUCAAACAGGAGCCUGAAGAACUUCCUGAGAAGGAAACUAUUCUGAAAGAAAAGAAUUCUGUGAGAGAGCCAGGAAACCCAUUUCUAGAUGUACCAUUUUCUGAGGAAACUAAGUCAGCAUUACAUGAAAUUAAAGACAGAUGUAAAGUUGACAGUGUUAUAACCUCUGAGAAAAAAGAAAACGUUUCAUCGUCUACACUAAAAAUAUCAAAAUUUCAAAACCAGGCCUGCUUGGAAAGUGCCAAACCUAGCUAUUUUAGAGAUAGCAACACAAAAAAUUUCUUUGAGUUUCCAAGGGAUUUAAAUAGCAACAUGUCCUUUGUCUAUUUAAAGGAAACAGCAAAGAAAAAAAAUGACAAAAUUGUGGCAUAUGUUAGGGAUUUCACAAACAUUUUCUCGUCCCAAAAUAGACCGAAUGCUAAGAAACAAAAGUUACAGGAUGAUAAAAAAAAUGUAUAUGUGGAAAAUGAUUUUUCUGACUAUUCUGAAAGUUACCACCAGUCACUCACCAUUGAAGGGAAAAUAGACUUGAUCAAUUUAAACUACUAUAGGCACAGUAGUAUUGAGUGUGAUGUAAGAGACUCUAAAAAGAAUUUCACUCUAACACUAGAAGUUGCAAAUUGCGAGGGAACAGAAAGGAAUCAAGAGUAUUACAUACCUACCAGACAAGAAUUUCAAAACUUGGACUGUGACAGAUCUAUUUUGAAAAUAAAAAAGGAAAAUUGUUGGAGAAUAAAAAAAAUUAGGAUUAUUUGUGAGAAUAAUAUGAUUCUGGAAAACAAUAUAGUUUCUUUGCAUGAUAACUUUGAUUCUUUCAUAAGAAAGAAAGAAAAGAAGAAAGAUGAUAGGGAAUCAGAAGAGGGAUGCAUUUUCAAAUAUAUAGUGAAUUUGAAUUAUUUGAAAAAUAUUAAAAAGGAAAGAUAUAUUGUGUAUCUAACAAAGAUGUUAACUUCUUUAAGACUGUUAGAAUGUAAUACAAAAUCUACAGCAAAGAAAAGGAAACUAUUUAAAACGGAACAUGUUCUUCAACGGGUUAAGAAACAAAACAUCAAUUCUCUUACUAUGACAACUAAAAUUUUUCUAAUUUACAAACUAUGUGAAAAUGUUCCCCCUUUAAUGGGUUUUGAUAACACGGAAGAACUUUCUUUGACAAAAGAAUCUAGUUAUGAGAGUACAAGAUGUGCCAAACUACUACUAAAUAUGAAAAAUUUGGAUUAUUAUAGUUUUGGUAUUGAUGGCACACAUGUGGAGUCUGAUCCUCUAUUUAUACAGAAUAACUGUGGACAUAUUAAUGAAAAAUAUUAUGAGAGUAGUAUGUAUAAUCAAGAUUUAGAUACUGUAAGAAAAUGGAAGCAUAAGACCAUUCACUUUAUUUUUAAGUCGAUAUUUGAAGAUGUCUUUAAUGUUAGACAACUGUGCACAUUGUUAAGCCAAAAUACAUCACACAGUGACCAGAUUAAUGCUAUGGCGAUAACUCUGAAGAUCAGCUUGGAGAAUCUGUUAAGUGAAACAGAAGGGAAAAUAUAUGAUUUUGUUUUGAAGAGAGAAAUGAAGGUCACAAAAAGUUCAAGUAGUUUUCAAGCCCAUAACGCUAUUGACACUGAGAAGGAAGAGGAUAGUUUUCCCACAAUGGACGGAAUGUCUUCAGUGCAGUCAGCUUCGCUAGUGAGUAAGAGCAUAAAUAUGGAAGAAACUAAAUCUCUUAAUCAAAAUAAUAGAACUAGCACAAAAGAGGAUGGAGGUAUUUUGCAAGAAAGUGAGUUAGCUAAUUCAAAGCAUUUUCAUCCAAAGAAUGAGUCUGCAUUAUAUGCUAAUCAUCAAUUUGAAAGUGACUCAAGUGGGGAGAACAAUGAAUGUUUUCAGGGUUUAACUGCUACAUGUUUAUCAACAGAAACUCUGCCAAUAGCAGAAGAGUUUGAGAUGAAGAGCAAAUUUGAUUUAGUACUUGAAGAACUUCGAAUGUUUCAUGAAAUUAGUAAGGAAAAUGAAAUUCCAAGUACCAGGAUGACAAACAAUAGGAAAGAAAAUUACUUUGGAGAAAGUAAUGAUGUUAAAGAGGCAAGAAUGGAGAUAGGAAAAAAACUGGAAAUGGUUGAAACCAACACAAGAAAUGCACCUUUUUUGUCCUGUGAUGUGAAGGCAGGUCUCAACAAACAUAAAAGGCACCAAAGUUUAUUUAACUGGAAAAUGCUACCUACUCAUGGAGGACAGGCAGUUCCCAAUGAGUGUUGGCCAAGAUCAGAGGAACGAUCACUCCAUUCUACUCCUGAGGAAGAUUAUAAGAAACAUUUACCUAAAAGCCCUACUUUUUCCCCUGAUGAAUAUAAAAAUGAAACUUUAUUGAAGGGAGGCAGUCAUUUUUCGCAUGGGAUUUCCAGAGUACAGCCUCUUAAGACAUGCAGUCGUCCAAUUAGGGUUGGCUUGUCAAGAAGAGCUAGGCUGAAACAGCUUCAUCCUUACCUGAAAUGAAUGAGUUGUAAGGACUUACAAGAAGCUUCUGGACUUUACCAGUUCAGCAUGUCUAGGAAUGAUUUACUUGUUGCUUUGUAUAAGUGUUUUCCUCCAGCUGCAGAUUUUGUGUUGUAUUUUUUUAAGUGUAGAGAGGUUCUUUUCUGUAUAAAUUAUUUAAUUACCUUGAAAGGAAAACUUUUACUGCUAUUUCAUGUCAUAUGAUCAAGAUACACAUUAAAGUAUUUUUAUGAUCAUAUAAACC